AUGAAUCCAGCUUUGCGUGAGCGGGCCUUGGUGGACGACAAAGACAAGAUCAAUAAAAAGGUCCCCGAGAGAGAAGCACUGACAGUCGAUGAGCUUGUUCGACACAGAGCAUCGCUAAGAACUGGUCAGCCCGUGAUCUCAUACCCCCGGAAAGGGAUUGAAUAUGAAGAUUUCCCGCUUCGUCAACUGGAUGUCUUCGGCUACCGGGCUGCCAAGGUGCUUGCAACUCGCCUGCCACCAAGAAGCUCUUCAGCAGAGACCCCGGCGGUAAUCUCCUUGCUAGGACCUUCUGAUCUCAGCUACCUCGUCACACUUCUUGCGCUCACAAAGCUCGGGCAUACCAUCCUGUUUCUUUCGACACGUAUCUCGAUCGAAGCCUAUGUCUCGUUGCUAGAGAGAACGGGAUCCAACCAUCUUCUCAUCCAUCAGUCUUUCCGAGACGCCGCGGAAGAGCUUCAGAAACGGCGUCCGGGUCUUCAAAUCGAUGAGAUCCCGGCUCAGGAAGUCUACUACUAUCCAAUCCCAGAGGAAGACAUUGACACAAACCUCGUCCCUCAUUUGGAUCCAGACGUGGAGUCUAAAUACAACACUUUCAUUAUACACUCUAGUGGUUCGACGGGUCUUCCCAAGCCCAUUUUCCAGACCCAAGGAGCUGCUAUCAAGAACUAUGCGGGUAAUAUGAAUAUGAGAGGAUUCGUUACCUUGCCGCUAUAUCACAACCAUGGAAUCAGCUGUCUGUUUCGAACUGUUCACUCGUGUCAAACUCUCCACCUCUACAACGCUGAAUUACCGCUCACGAAGCAAUAUCUGUUGGAUAUAAUGAAGGCACACGAUUUCGAGAUCUUCUACGGUGUUCCGUAUGCUCUGAAACUUCUGGCUGAGACAGAUGAUGGGAUUGCAGCUUUGGCAGGAUUUAAGGCAGUCAUGUUUGGUGGCUCUGCAUGUCCUGACUCACUUGGUGAUCGGUUGGUUGCCAACGGUGUCAACCUCAUAAGUCACUAUGGAUCAACGGAAACUGGCCAGCUAAUGACCUCUGUCCGACCUCGAGAAGACAAGGAAUGGGAUUACUUACGGCCCUCGGAAGCUGUGAAGAGGUUCCUCCGUUUUGAAGAGCGCAGUGCUGGGAUUUUCGAACUAGUUUGUCUUGAUGGAUGGCCUUCGAAGGUGACUUCUAACAGACCCGAUGGCUCAUAUGCCACGAAAGAUCUUUUCAUGAAACACUCAACUCUGGAAGCCUACAAGUAUUAUGCUAGGCUGGAUGACACACUUGUCCUUGUCAAUGGAGAAAAGGUUAAUCCAUUGGAUAUGGAAGGUCAUGUCAGACAGCAUGAUGCGGUUUCCGAGGCUGUAGUUUUUGGACAAGGCAAAUCCCACAUUGGAUUGGCUGUCAUUCGCGCCCCUGGUGCCGUCACUUUGUCUGACGAGGGCCUCAUUCAGAUCAUUUGGCCUGCUAUUGAGAGUGCUCAUGAGGUAAUGCCUGCGUUCGGUCAGCUUUCCAGGAGCAUGGUCAGGGUUCUUUCUGCCGAUACGGCAUAUCCUCGCACAGACAAGGGAACCGUGAUUCGACAGGCAUUCUACAGAGAUUUCAGCCAGAUGAUUGAAGAUGCAUAUGAAGCGGAUGAAACAGCGACUGGAUCUUUAACUCUUGCGCAGCCAGAGCUGAAAGCUUUUAUCAGGGAGCGACUUGAGACAAUCUUACCGCUCAAAGACCCGGCUUCUUUGACUGACGACACGGAUUUCUUUGGACUGGGUAUGGAUUCCCUGCAAGCGACUCAACUGAGGUCCAUUAUCACGAAGAAUAUCAACACGAACGGAAAAAAGCUGGGUUUGAACGUUGCAUUCGAUCAUCCUACCAUCAGUUCUUUGGCUCGUCAUAUUGACUCCCUCGCUUCUGGUGCGGUUGACGGAGUUGUGCCAAUUGAAGAUCAGAUGGAUGCUCUACUGUCGAAAUAUUCUCAAUUUCAAAAACACAUCCCAUUGCCUAAUGGUCUUGGUGGAAGAUAUAUGGUUGUUACGGGUGCCACGGGCUCUCUGGGAAGCCAUGUUGCUACAAAGCUUGCUCUUCUCCCGGAUGUUCAGAAGGUCUACUGUCUUGUUCGCGCAUCUUCGUCUAUCGAGGCUUACGACCGACUGCUUCGAUCAAUGCGCACUCGCCGGGUCUACGACAGCCUACCAAACGAAGCCCGAAACAAACUCAUUCCACUUCCAUCCGAUUUCUCUCAGGCGACUCUAGGAUUAGACUCUUCAACCUACAACACACUCACUUCGGAGAUCACAGACGUUGUUCACUGUGCAUGGUCCGUCAACUUCAACCUACAGCUCAGCAGUUUCGAAAGGGACAGCAUUGGGGGUCUGAAGAACUUGAUCGAUCUGUGUCUCAAAUCGCAGAGGCCAGCGCCUGCUUCGUUCAAUUUCUGCUCAUCCAUCAGCUCAGUUGUAAACACUGAAGGUGACGAAAUACCCGAAGCUCUCCCCAAAAAGCUGACCUAUGCUCAAAACAUGGGUUACGCCCAGUCAAAACUGGUCGGAGAGCACAUGUGCGUGCGAGCAACACAACAGACCGGUAUCCGCGCACGAGUCCUUCGAAUUGGACAAGUAAUCGGUGACCAGGAGCAUGGAAUCUGGAACGCAACAGAGGCAAUCCCUCUCAUGCUGCAAACUGCAACCACCAUCGGUGCACUGCCAACGCUUGACGAAUCGCCCUUCUGGCUUCCCCUCGACACUGUCGCUGGCACAGUCAUCGAUAUUUCCCUCUCUACCGCAGAUGCUACUUCCUCUAGCAAUGUCUUCAACGUCACCAGCCAGCAUCCUUUCCAUUGGACACGUGACCUACUGCCAUACCUUCGCGGCGCAGGUCUCAAAUUCGAAGAGCUUGGACAACGUGAGUGGCUGCGUCGAUUGAGAAACUCAAACCAGGAUCCAAUCCUCAACCCGCCCAUCAAGCUUGUUGACUUUUUCGCGGGCAAAUAUGACACGGAUAAGCCCCGACGGACGCUCGUGUGGCACACUGAGAAAGCGAGAGAGCUGUCGCCUACAUUGGCAGAUGCCACGCCAUUGGAUCAGGCCCUUGUCGACAAAAUGGUUGGGUUCUUUCAGAAGGAAUGUUGGGGUAUGGUGAAGAAGUAG